GGAUGUAAACGGAUGAACGAGUCUUGGAUUGCUCGUCCGCAAAAACGCCAUUCAUCGUCAUAUUAGCUCGCUCCGACCACUGGAGCUUCAUUUUCGGAAACGUUUUCUAUAUACUCCUAAGGCAACGCGAACGGUGUGGGACUUGUCGUGUGAGUUCAGUUAUCUUUUAAAAACAUGUACUACUUGGAGGUGUACUGACGAUAUCAAUGUUUUCUACGUGAAAAGUAUUUGGGAAUAAGUGGUAUUUUACUGCAGGUUUUAGUGUUUCUACCUAGCUCCGUGACUGACUGGCAAGGUAAUAAAUGAUGCACUACAUGGCUUCUAAUGCAUUCAAGAUGUUGCCAUGGCUACAUAACCCCGCAUGGACCUGUGAGAUGCAUUCAUGUGAACCACUUUACAUCUACUUGCAAUGUAACAUCGUCGCAAAAUAAUGUUCGCAUCCGUCCUUUUAAUCCCGUGAGUUCUUCGAUCGUUCACCGGAUUGUGGAGAAGCAACAUAUGACAUAAUAACCAUGCAAGGUAUUGAAUGGUUGAGGGUUUAGUUUUUACUUUGUGAAGGAAACCCGUCCAAAAUGGAAAGUGCUAAAACCACACUGCACACCACACUGCGCACAGCCUGGGUGACAAGUACGCUUUCCACCAAGAAGACAUUAGGAAACGAGACAGAAAUGCCAUUGACGGUGGAAACGUACAUGACAUCGGGCAUAAGCGGUACUGUGGAAAUAUACCCAGGUAUGGUGAACGGAACGGGCAACGAAUCGCUAUACGACUACGAGUCGGAGAUCUUCACGAAGCCGACGUGGUACCUUGGCAUGAUCAGCGUCAUCUACGGCGGUCUUAUCAUCCUCACCUUUGUCGGGAAUAUAUUUGUUAUGGUCGCUUACCACCGCGACCCACGGAUUCGACGUAGCGUCGCAAACACGUUCAUCCUUAACCUGGCGAUCGCCGAUUUCAUCGUAGGGUCAUUCACGUUACCCGUUUAUUUCGGAUGGAACCUAGUGGGUGUGUGGAUCUUCGGGGAGUACUUGUGCAAGGUGUGGUCUUUUGUCGACUUCACGGUGACAGCGAUGUCGGUCAUCACCAUCAUCCUCAUAAGUCUUGAUCGCUACUGGCUUCUCAGCAAGAAGGCGGCCUACGCUUCUUUCCAAACGCAACGACGCGUUAACACCACCAUAGGAGUUUGUUGGUCGCUAGUUUCAGCCAUCUUUCUUGUUCUCAUUUUCGGCUGGUCUACAAUCGUCGGUGAAUUAGCGGUUGAUUUUGCAAACUUUUGCGAAAGCGAGUUCGUGUACUACUUACCAGCGUUAAUAUGUGUCGUGGUGAUAAAUUUCGCUAUACCAGCCUUGAUCAUAGCGGUUUUAAAUACUCAGGUUUAUCGGAUGAUCCGAGAGCGCGCGCGAGGUAUCGAUGCCUUGAACAAAACAAUACAGCGAGAGAGUGGUGUGAAAAUAACGUCGGGAAGAACGACGUUCCUGCUCCGUGCCCUUCGUAAGAAACCAGUGCCUCCGGUAGCGGGAAUGGAAAAUGCAAAGAAGGGACUCGACCCAGCCGUCACCCUCGUAUCCGUCACGGCCAGACAAGCGACGGAAUGCCAUCACAACCCCGCCUUCGAACAACAGAACGACAUCGCCGCGUCGUCGUCUUCUAGUGGCGGGACAUCGGGUAUCGAUAUCCCAAAAGACGAUAAUUCCGACUGCGCAACAGACGAUGAAAAAGCGGGAGAGCGCGAAAAUAUGAACGCUCGCGAAGCAAGUCCAAAAACUUCUAAAGUCAAACAGAAUGUUUUCACGGUGAGCAAAAAGGGCCAAAAGAAACAAGACAGUCCAGAAAAAACCCUCGGCUCGAAACUGGAGAGUAUGAAAAGUAAACUGAAAAGGAAACGACGAGAAUUUAAACGCGAACGCAAAGCCGCGUUCAUACUUGCUGUCCUGGUUUCUGUGUUCAUAUGUUGCUGGCUACCCUACAAUAUCACCGUCGUUGUAGGCAUAAGUUGCAGAUAUGAGUGUAUACCUAGAACAGUGUUCAUAGUUGUGGAGAAUUUGGUAUGGGCCAAUAGUGCACUGAAUCCGCUGCUAUAUGCUUUCACCAACGUCCACUUUCGACGAAACUUUCUGACAUUUUUAGGUUUUGGGAGUAUGGCUCGAAAACUAGACGGCCCCCAGAGUGUAGCUUGAGUUCUUAUUUCAUUAGUUUUUUUAAGAACGUGUACAGAAACUGUAAUUUUAUAUUCAAACUUUGUGGAAUGUAUUUUGGAUUGCUUUACUUCAUUGUUAUCAAUACCACUUUUAAUUAUUUAUAACGUAUCUAACAUUAUUAUAUAUCAGAAAUGUGAGACAACAUGUUUUGAUUAUGUUGGUUUGUGGAAGGAAUUGGAGCGAGGUGCAAUUAUGAAGUCUAAUGAAUAUUUUUUUUUAUGAACACGACUUAAGGAGUGCAAUUGAAGGUAUAUGUCUCAGGUUUUGUUUGAAAAGUAGUGAUAAUUCAAGACAAAAAGAAAAGUGAUUUAAAACGUCGUUGUUUUCUGAAUUUUAGAAUAGCGUUGAUGCUUUAAACCAUCAAUUUUUGACAUUCUCAUAACUUCAGAAAUCACUCUGUAUUGCCUAACGCAUUUAACGAAAGACUUGUUUUUAGCAUGUCUAGAAAAAGAUAUUCAUGAUUAUAAUUCAUACAUGUUUAGACAUGGACAAUAUGGCAUUCACAUGCCUACAUCAACCAAA